CUUUAUAGUGUUCUUCUUUUUCUCGUUGCCUUUCAGAAUAUGAUCGCGCAGAUUAAUAGCGCCAUCGGGGCUCAAGGAUUGAUUAAGGAGCAAUGCAGCAUGCUUGUUAAUACAUUUGGACACAAUAUAUUUGGGAUGUUAUCAGCAGCGAUUGAUCCGAAGAUAAUAUGCCCCAUUGUUGCAUUCUGUUUUAAUGAUGGAAAACGCGAUGUUAGUAUUGGCAUUAAGAGUGUCGUCGAUAGGAGUUCUGAUGGUGUAUCACCUGUAUCUGCAACCACCCCAAAUUGCGUUAUCUGUAAAACAAUAGUGAACUUUAUGCAUAAAGCGAUUGCGGGGAACAUGACGCAAGAAACUAUUAUAAAGCUUGCCGGAAAUCUAUGUGCCCUGGUGCCAAACCCAGUGGGAGAGUCUACAGUUGACUGUGCAAGACUUUCAUCUCUGCCUACCAUUUCGUUUACAAUUGGUGGAAAAGAAUUCCAACUUUCGCCUAAUGAGUACAUACUUAAAACGGGCAAGGGUGAUAAGGAGCAGUGCAUUAGUGGUCUUGUGGCUUUGGAUACUCUUCCUUCCGGUGGCUCACUCUGGAUAUUGGGAGAUUUGUUUAUGCGUCGUUACCACACUAUAUUUGAUUAUGGCAAUCUCAGAGUUGGAUUUGCAGAAGCUGCAUAAAAAAGACAUUUACACCCUGUCACUUUUUUUAAGAAGAAAAUAGUCUAUCAAUGAUCUUCUUUUGGAAGAAUUAUGUAAAUGGAAGUAAGAGAUUGAUCAUCAGGCAAUUAUGUUUAUGAGAUGAACCAAUUGAGAGGUUAUCACAAUAUGAGUAGAUGAAUGACUAUUACAAAAUCAGCAAUGACAAA